UCCCACUCACUCCCGGCCAGUAGUCUUUUAACAUCUUUAUUCUCCGUCUCGGGAGACUCUCUUCCCAUGCUUUCCUAUAUAUAUACACAGAAAGCCUUUCGCAACAUAAAUAUAUAACCAUAAACCAUUCUCAUUCACAAAAAUAGAAAGGCACCCAUAAUUCACUCACUCACAGACCCACCACCACUAUCAUUAUCAUCUUCUUCACAAUAUGCUUUUCUUUUUAUCUCCUGGCUUUGAAAUGAACCCUAUUUAGGGUUUUUUUCCUGGAGAUUUUUCAGCUCAUGUUUUACUUUCCUUUAGCUAGAUAACCUUUUUUUUUUCUUGCCACAUUUUUUUUUUCCAAGAAGAGAAAAAGGUGCACAAAAAAUGGGGAGAGGUAGGGUUCAACUUAAACGAAUCGAGAACAAGAUCAGCCGGCAAGUGACAUUCUCGAAGCGGCGGACCGGGCUCCUGAAGAAAGCUCAUGAGAUCUCAGUGCUAUGCGAUGCUGAGGUCGCUUUGAUCGUGUUCUCUACAAAAGGGAAGCUCUUUGAGUUUUCCUCUGAUUCAAGAUAUUGCUCAAUAUUUCACAGACACUACAUUGCAUCCAUUGGCAUGGAGAGAAUCCUGGAACGAUAUGAAAGGUAUUCAUAUGCUGAAAGACAGCAUGUUACAAUCGAUUCUGAAUCUCAGGGAAGCUGGACUCUGGAAUUCCCCAAGCUCUUGGCCAGAACUGAAGUUUUACAAAGGAACAUAAGGAAUUUAUUUGGAGAAGAUCUGGAUCCCUUGAGUUUAAGAGAGCUCCAAAAUCUUGAGCAACAGCUUGAUACAGGUCUGAAGCGAAUAAGAACAAAAAAGAAUCAACUUAUGCAUGAAUCCAUUACGGAGCUGCAGAAGAAGGAAAAAGCUUUGCAGGAUCAAAACAACUUGCUUGCUAAAGAGCUCAAGGAAAAUGAAAAGACGGUGGUCGAGCAUGCACACCGGGAGCAGCCAAGCCUAGGCCAAAACUCAAACACCUUCAUGCUAUCCCCACAACAGUCGCCACCAUUGACGCUAGCACUUCCUUCUCUAGCUAUCGGCUAAUGCACGUACAUCAUGAUCUUUUUAAUAAAUUACGUAGCGGGACUACUUUCGGGGCAACAGCAAUGGUAGAUGAUCAAGAUGCUGGAUCACAGACUCAGCCUAGUACCACUACGCUUAUGCCACCGUGGAUGCUCCGCCACAUUAAUGGAUAGAGUCACCAAGCUGAGGCUUUUUGAAGUGGAAAAUUAAGAUAAACGACAUUAACAAUCCUUGUAAAGUUUAAUAUCAUGUUGCUCCAUCGCGUCACUGUAUUUCGAAAUUUCAAGUCUUUCGAGGCUGCACCUUUUCUUCUAAAAGAGUUCUUGGGCCUAAUA